UGUACGGGACUCGCCCCCUCCCUCCCUCUUACCCACUCGCGGCAGCUCCAGACCGGCGCCGCCACUCUCGAGGCGUACUUUAAGACACACCAUGGCAGCGACAGCGGUUUUGGUGCUGCUCGCGGCGGGAGCUGCGGCCGCGCCUCGGGCCGUUCCCUCCAGCCUCCUUGUAUUUAAAGUAGGCGCAUGUAUCAUUCGUGAGCACACAGGCAGUGACUGCCAAACUGCCGCCGGAACCCCCGGCGUCUGCCGAUUGGCGACCAAAGCGGAUUGUCCCUGGGCUUUGGAGGAACUCCGCCACGGCCGCGAGCCCGAGACAUGCUACGAAUCUGUGCCACACGCCGUCGUCUGCUGCCCGCGCGGGUCCUCGGGGCCAUCUGUCGACACGUCUAAGAGGGGAGGUUGGUCCCAAGGGUCACGCCCCAGGAGCGUCGCUCAAAGAAAAUGCCAAGAGUACGCGAAGUACGUUUUCUCGGAGGUAUCGUCGGAUUUGCUGUUUGCGGCACCUGAACGUGUGGACCAAUGCGCUGCAGCACGGGACACUUUCAUUAUCGGCGGCGUGAAAGCGAAGGCGAUGGAAUUCCCACACAUGGUACUUGUCGGCUACGAUUCCGAUGAUGGAGGAAUUGACUACUUCUGCGGUGGGUCGCUCAUCUCACCCACCUUCGUCCUUACAGCGGGCCAUUGUGUCACCACUGCCAGCGGCAAGCAGGCGCGUUGGGUGCUUCUAGGCGAGCUGGACCGCACGGAUUCAAAGGCCGACGGCUGGCGGCAGCUCGUUGCCGUGUCGGAGACCAUCGCAUAUCCUCAGUACCGGCCGCCCUCUACGUACCACGACAUUGCGCUGCUGCGGCUCGCGCGGCCCGCUACCCUCAGCGGCCGAGUGCGCCCCGCCUGUCUGCAGACGGAGCGCGCCUUGCGCCCGGGUGACGAUGGCAACGAUGUGGCACCCGUCGCAACGGGCUGGGGGCUCACCGCAUGGGAAGGUGAUCCCAGCCCGUUCCUGCAAAAGGUUUCGCUCCGCUUGGUUAGUGACGACACAUGCACUUGGAACUACGAGGACACGUCGAAGUCGCGCCUGCAGCAUGGCAUCCGAGAGGAUAUCCAAUUGUGUGCUGGUGGCACCAAUAAGGACACGUGCCAAGGCGACUCAGGCGGCCCUUUGCAGGUGUCAACCAGAAACUUUUCACGGAGUUCUGAUGAACCGUACUGCAUGUACAAUGUUAUUGGAGUUACAUCAUUCGGCAAGGCAUGUGGCUUAAGCUUCCCCGGCGUUUAUACGAGAGUGUCCUACUACGUACCUUGGAUUGAGAAGGUUGUUUGGCCGAAUGAGUGAAAACACGCUUAACUCGAAGGGUCACCUGUUGUACUUAUACAAUUCAAUACAAUUCAAUCAAUAGAAAUUGCCACAGGAAGACU